CAAAGUAUAUAAAAUUGAGAAGUGUAUUUUCAAUAUUUAAAUGAUAAAAGAAUACUUUUUUUAGAAUUAUUAUUUAUUUUAAUUUAUUCCAAAAAAAACAUAAAUAAAUGGUAUGAUUUAAAAAUAAUUAUUUUUGGUAGAAUAUGUUAGAUAGGAAGGAUAUAAAAUUUUUAUUAUUUUAUAUGCAAAUAUGCAACCAUCAUUUUUCUUUAGAAAUUAAGAUAGCAUAAAUGUUAAGCACUUUAGACAUAUAAAGCAUGCAUACGCAUAUUUACAUACAGGAUGUGUCUAUUUAUAAUCCGUCAAAGGAUUAGCACCAACAAAGAUAGAACGAGUCAUUUAGGUUUAACGAGAAUCAUAUUAUGAUUAAGUCAUCUAUCAUGAUCCUAAUUAAAAAUCAAAUAAAAAAGUGAUCAAUUAAAUUAGUAAAGAUAAAAGAAAAAAUAAAUAAACAAAUAUCAGGAUUUACUAAAAAAUUAAAAAGGAAAGAAAAUUAGUUUAACUUUUACUUUUUGAUAAUUUAAUUUCUGGUACUUAGUUAUUUUUAGAAAUAAAAGAAAAAAAUAAUUAAUUAAUUUGCAAAAACAUUUAAAAGAAAUUAAAAGUAUUUAUCAUUUUUAAAAAAAAUAUAAAACAUAUUUUAGAAGUUAUGGAGAAUAAAGCAGUUAUUAAUGUUUGUAUUACAGGCGCUGCUGGUAAUAUUGCAUACGCCUUGUAUUCUAUAUUGUGCACUGGCCAAAUAUUUGGGUCUAAUCAAAAAAUGAACUUAAAGCUUUUAGAUAUUGAAUCUCAAGCAAAGGGUCUUUAAGGAGUUGCAUUAGAAUUAGAAGAUUGCGCCUAUGCCCUCGUUAAUUCGAUAGAGUACGGUUUUGACCCCGAAGUACUUUUCAAAGAUAUGGAUGUUGGCAUUUUCCUCGGAGGGUAAUCAAGAAGACCUGGUAUGGAAAGAGUUGAUUUACUUUAAGUAAAUAACAGAAUUUUCAAGAUCUAGGGUAAAGCUUUGAAUAAAGUAGCUAAGCCAAGCACUAAGAUUCUAGUAAUCGCAAAUCCAGUAAACACAAAUUGCUUAACUUUGAUUCAAAAUUGUCCUAACAUUCCUAAAGAAAAUUUCACUUGCUUGACAAGACUUGACCACAAUAGAGCAAUAGCAUAAUUAGCAAUCAAAGCAAAAGUACCUGUUACCGAAGUUAAAAAUGUUAUUCUAUGGGGUAACCAUAGUUUAACUAUGUAUCCAGAUCACAAUCAUGCACACAUUGAAGGUCAACCAGCAGUAGAUAUAUAUGAAGAGGAAUGGAUUAAGAAUACUUUCAUUCCUAAAGUUUAAAAAAGGGGAGGAGAAGUUCUAAAUUUGAGAUAGAACUCCUCAGUUAUGAGUGCUGCAAUUGCUAUUCGUGACCACUUAGUUAAUUGGAUUUAUGGAACUCCUGAAGGAUAGUUCGUAUCUAUGGGUGUUUACACUGACGGAAGCUUCUAUGAUAUUCCCGCAGAUUUUGUUUUCUCAGUUCCAGUUAAGUGCAAAGACUUUAAAUACGAAGUUGUUAAGGAUUUGACUAUUAGCUAGUUUUCAAGAUAAAAAAUUAACAUCAGUUUGAGAGAAUUGUAAGAUGAGAAAGAAGAAGCUAACUGCUACGACGAUGAUGCUGAAGACGAAUCUGAAGAGUGAAACAAGUGAGAUUAGUUAUCACAAAGCAGAAAGAAACAAGCAAAUAGUAUUAUUUCAGCAAAUGUAUCAAACUAAAAUUUAGUAAAAAUGUUGAAAAAUACAAGCUUUUUCUCGCCUUCUGCACUGAAACUACUCUUUCUUCUAUCUAUCAUUAUAAAACAUAUCUAUCACCUAUAACCUUUAUAUUUCACUAGAUCAAUUAGCUUUAACAUAUAAAUAUCUAAUUAAAAUUUUAAAUACAUUGAAGCAAACAAAUAAAAAAUUAAUAAAUACACAAAACUUUAAUAAUUCAUUGCUAAAUAUAUUACUCAGUUGCUUAAUUACUGCCUUUUUGUCUAAUUUAAUCAAAUAUCUUCACCAUAGCCAUUAAUCUCACUAAAAUAGCAAGUAAGCUUGCAAAUAUUGAUGUUUAUAAUCCAAAAAAAUGCUGUUUAUUGCUAUUUAGUAUUUAACUAAGAUUAUACACAUUAUUUUUCUAAUUUUCACACACUAAAAAUAAGAAAUUAUUACCUUACCAUCAAAGACUUAAAUCUUUAAUGUUGACAAAUAAAAAAGCUUCUCUGAAAGAGAAUAAAGUUAAAAUAGCUUUACUGUAAUUAUUUAAAAACUAUUAAAGUAUACUAAUAGCAAAUUUGAAUAAGAUAAAUAAAUCAAACUAUUUAAUCAUAUAGAAGAAACUAUUCAAUUAUCAAUCAAUUAGAAGAUAAGUAAUUAAGCAAAAAAAAUUACAAAUUAAUCAUCAAAAAUGUAUAUUUGCUUUUUGAUGGUAAAGUAAUUAAUUAGUUGUACAAUUUCCUAGUGGUAUUAGACAAAGUUAGUAUAGUAAUAUGGCAUAAAAUGUUAUAAAUAAAUAUAAUAAAUGUUUUAAUUUUUGUUAAUGUGCUAUAUAUUUCAUCAAUAUCUCCAAA